AUGAGAUACAACAACUUCAUCAAGCCAAGCCUACCAAAUAAUGAUAGGUGCCUUUAUUAUGAUAGUCCUCUUUCGAAAUGGCAACUUGGCUCCCUAGAUCCACUCUCGCCAAUAUAUGCAAGGUCUCGAAGUGAGCGAGCCAGAGCACCAACACCCAUUGAGCAUAACGGCCAUGUAUAUGACCUGGUUGGUGUGAACUCUCACCAACAACUCAUUUUACGAGAUCAAUGUGCUUUACACUUGGACAUUCGCAUCGAAUGUUUCGCUGGACGUGCCGCCAUCUUGGACGGCGUGACGUGGCAAGUCGAUUACCUUGAGGCUAUUCCCGAUCCCCUUGACUUCACCAAACCUCCCCGGCGUGUCCUUCAUCUCAAGCGGUGGACGGGAAAGGGUCAGAUUCAGAAAGCCAUUGAUGAACCAGACAAUCUUCGGGCAAUCUUUCCAGGCUCAAGAGGGAAACAUACGUUGGGCCCGAUUAAGCAUGGCAUUGUACGCAUGAUCCCAACCGCAUCCCGACAGCGAAUUCACAAGCCAUUGCUUGCUGGGACAACUUUCGAAGCUCGGUUACGAGGUCGUGAGCUUUAUGGCCCGUUCCAGAUCGAGGUUAAGAAAGAAGGCCAACUGGUAGCCAAGCACGCUCUAGACGGAUUGUGUCUUAUUAAAUUCGCCAUUGAGCCCCAUGAGAUCGCGCCGUCAUAUGUGAGGGUCAAUUGUCCCGACUUUGGUGGUUGCUUCGACAUUGAUGCUUUUCUUUACUGCGAGGAUAAGCUUCGAUGUCGGGCAACCAGUGUUAAAGCUAUCAAAGCGAUGAGAUUGCCCACAAGCGAUCGUGAUCUCAUGUUUGGUACGCUACCACGAGGCCCAGUACCGCUUCUCACAAAUGGCCUGGAUCACCUUGUCGUCUUUGAGAAGUUUAUCCGAGAGUGCACAGUCCCUUGUCCAAAGACCCCUCGGCAACGGCGAUUGACAAUAUUGAAUCUCUCAAUGUGCGAUCAAGGCGAUGCCAAGAUUGUAGUCGACGCGCUGGUUGAAUUUCGAAAGUACAAUCCAGAUGCGAUCAUGUCUAUCGUGGUUUCAAAAUUGGGGCCUACGAUUUAUCAGGAUACGCCAGCUUGCAGGGAGUAUGUCAGGCUUCUUGAGUGCAAUCGAAUUCACAUCGAUAUGUUCACUGGCGUUGAUGGUCCAACGCGCCAAGUCGUGCACGCCAAAGCGAUAGUCAUCGACGACAGGACACUCUUCAGCACCGGAGCCAUCGUAGAUACCAAGCCAAUUGACAAGGCCGACUUUUCCAUCGAGCUUCCGCCCACGGCAGCAAAAGCUUUUCAGAUCUACAUGCAAGAAGCCAUCCUCGGUGGCGUGAGCAAUGAACGUCGGGCUCAUCUUGGAUCACAGCUCGCUAGUCUGGGCGUUAUAAUAAACGACCCCAUCGCGAGUCUGACCUACAUUAGUCGCGCGCAACAUACACUACUGCGCGGUGCUCGUCGCGAUCUUCUCGUGAGCGUUUCAGAACUUGUUGAUCCAAAAAUCACGAAACUCUUGGUGAGACGCGCAGCCAACGGCGUGAUGGUAACGAUACAAGUCCGUGAAAUAGACGCGGCGUCAUCAAGAAUUCUUGCCCAAGCGAUGCGGCGCUACGGCAAGCGGCUGACGGUGGAAGAUGUCGGCUGGUGGGAGCCGCGACCGCACUAUAACGCGAUCAUCGCAGACGAUAGUCUCGCGUAUCUGGGGACGUCAUACUUCUGGCCAACACAAAGAAACAUGAUUCACCAAGGUCGAUCGCUUGAAAAUGGGGUUUUGCUUGAAGGAGAGGCUGUCAAGGUUUUGAGGAAGCAAUUGGAUGAAUUGCGCGAUCGUGCGUAUACUAGUAGUGACAAAAGUGACAGUGAUAUAGCGUAG